UGGAAAGGGGUGCUCUCGCGGCAGUGCAGCCCUCGUGUCAGUAGACUGUCUGUGUGUGGCACAGGAUAGCAUAGCUGGACGACGGGGAAAUGUGAGAUUGUCGAAGGAGUACAACGUUACACUUUUAAACGACCCAAACCUCUUCAAAAUCGGAAGUACACUUUGGCACGAUUUUUUGGAUUACCCAGUCUUUCUUUUGUGAGUGGUUGGUCGCAGUCUGGAGUUUUAAAAACGGAGGAAAAAGUCUAUCUUGAACCUGCAAAGAGAAGCAGCCGUCGAGAGUCGCUUCUGUUUUCAGAGAAAUGUUUGACGCGGUCGGCGUCGAGCAGGAACAUUCUCGAUUAUUGAACUCAGUUUUCUGGAUUUGAUACAUCAAAGGCUUUUUCAUAGCCAUCUUGUUUUAAUUUGCUCUUCGCGGAGCCGCGUAACAGAACCAACCUCAGAAGACACCAAUCCAGGGGAUCAAAACUGUGCGGAUCUUAAAAACGAGGGGGACACUGUCGGGGUCUUUAGCCCCCCCAGCGACCACUGGAAUCGGGCUUUGUGUCCGACUACACCGCUGGAGAAAGCGGCGUGCCAGGGAACCACGCUAUUCACAGACCUCCAGCAAAUAAGGGAUACAUUUCAAGAUGUAUCCGCAGGGCCGGCAUCCGGCACCACACCAGCCCGGCCAGCCUGGUUUCAAAUUCACAGUGGCCGAGUCCUGCGACAGGAUUAAAGACGAGUUUCAGUUCCUCCAAGCCCAGUAUCACAGUCUAAAGGUGGAAUACGAUAAACUGGCCAAUGAGAAGACAGAAAUGCAGAGGCACUACGUCAUGUACUACGAGAUGUCAUAUGGGCUGAACAUAGAAAUGCACAAACAGACGGAGAUCGCUAAAAGGCUGAAUGCAAUUUUGGCCCAAAUUAUGCCUUUCCUGUCACAAGAGCACCAACAGCAGGUGGCCCAGGCUGUUGAGCGUGCCAAACAGGUGACGAUGACCGAGUUGAACGCCAUCAUCGGGGUGCGUGGACUUCCCAACCUGCCUCUGACCCAGCAGCAGCUCCAGGCGCAGCACCUGUCCCACGCCGCCCACGGCCCUGUGGCGCUGCCCCCGCACCCCUCCGGCCUGCAGCCCCCCGGCCUCCCCUCCGUGACCGGCUCCGGCUCGGGCCUGCUGGCCCUGGGAGCGCUGGGCAGCCAGGCCCACCUGCCCGUCAAGGACGAGAAGAACCACCACGACCUGGAGCACAGAGAGAGCACGAACAACUCCAUCUCCCCGUCAGACAGUCUACGUACGGCCAGCGAGAAGCACCGUGGGUCCUCAGACUACAGCCUGGAGUCCAAGAAACGCAAAGUGGAUGAGAAGGACAACAUGAGUCGAUACGACAGUGAUGGUGAUAAGAGUGACGAUCUGGUGGUUGAUGUUUCCAAUGAGGACCCAGCCACCCCUAGAGCCAGCCCAGCUCACUCCCCACCAGAGAAUGGUCUGGACAAACCCCGCCCUCCAAAGAAGGACACGCCCAACAGCCCCGCCUCUGUGGCCUCCUCGGGCAGCACACCGUCGUCUAAGACCAAGGACCACGGCCACAAUGACAAAUCCUCCACGCCGGGCCUGAAGUCCAACACCCCCACGCCCCGUAACGACGCCCCCACGCCUGGCACCAGCACCACCCCUGGACUCAGGCCCAUCCUGGGCAAGCCCCCCAUGGAGGCACUGGCGGCCCCCGCCCUGCGGACGCCCCUGUCCAUCGCAGGCUCGUACCCGGCUCCCUUCGCCAUGAUAGGGCACCACGAGAUGAACGGCUCCCUGGCCGGUGGGGGGGUGUACGCCGGCCUCCACAUCUCCCCCCAGAUGAGCGCCGCUGCCGCCGCCGCCUACGGACGCUCAUCCAUGGCGGGGUUUGACCACCCCCACAUGAGGGCUCCAGGUCUGCCUGCCAGUCUCACCGCAAUGUCUGGAGGCAAACCUGCGUACUCCUUCCACGUCAGUGCGGACGGGCAGAUGCAGCCUGUGCCCUUUCCCCCGGACGCUCUGAUUGGCCCGGGGAUCCCGCGCCACGCCCGCCAGAUCAACACGCUGAACCACGGUGAGGUGGUGUGCGCCGUCACCAUUAGCAACCCCACGCGCCACGUCUACACCGGCGGCAAGGGCUGCGUCAAGAUCUGGGACAUCAGCCAGCCGGGCAGCAAGAGCCCCGUGUCCCAGCUGGACUGCCUGAACCGGGAUAACUACAUCCGCUCGUGUAAGCUGCUUCCUGACGGCCGCACGCUGAUCGUGGGCGGCGAGGCCAGCACGCUCACCAUCUGGGACCUGGCCUCGCAGACGCCGCGCAUCAAGGCCGAGCUCACCAGCUCCGCGCCCGCCUGCUACGCCCUCGCCAUCAGCCCCGACGCCAAGGUCUGCUUCUCCUGCUGCAGCGACGGCAACAUCGCCGUCUGGGACCUGCACAACCAGACGCUCGUCAGGCAGUUCCAGGGUCACACGGACGGAGCCAGCUGCAUCGACAUCUCUCACGACGGCACCAAGCUGUGGACGGGCGGCCUGGACAACACCGUGCGCUCCUGGGACCUGAGGGAGGGCCGGCAGCUGCAGCAGCACGACUUCACCUCACAGAUCUUCUCCCUGGGCUACUGUCCGACGGGCGAGUGGCUGGCCGUGGGCAUGGAGAGCAGUAAUGUGGAGGUGCUCCACCACACCAAACCAGACAAGUACCAGCUCCACCUCCACGAGAGCUGUGUGCUCUCACUCAAGUUUGCAUACUGUGGUAAAUGGUUCGUGAGCACGGGGAAGGACAACCUGCUGAACGCGUGGAGGACUCCAUACGGCGCCAGCAUAUUCCAGUCCAAGGAGUCGUCCUCUGUCCUGAGCUGUGAUAUCUCUGCAGACGAUAAGUACAUCGUCACGGGCUCAGGCGAUAAGAAGGCAACCGUCUACGAGGUCAUCUACUGAGACUGCGUUUCCGCGGUUACGGCGCCGGAGUCAGCCAAGGAGGAGGACAGCCGGGGUGGGGGGUUUCGGAAGGAACGGCCGUCCGGCCGCAGCCACACACACACACACACACACACACA